AUAAUUCCUUCCUUUGCCCCAUUUUUAUUUUCUUCUUCAUCCAUAAUAACUUCACUCUCUCCCCCCCCCCCCCCCCCAACAUGUUCCUGUGACGACGAUACACUCUUUCACUGACUUACCCCUACCUCAAAAUCACCUUCUUCUUCAUCGUCUCAGCUCAGGAAUUGCUAACUACCUGUUUUUGAAUUUGAGAUCUGUUUUUGUUUCUAGAAGAAAACAGCUUGUUUUCACCGUCUCUGAUCCUCUGAUUUGAUCGGAAUCUAAUGGGUAAAACCACCGGGAACAGAGAUUGGACUCAGAUCUACGCUAUUUACGGAAUCGAACAAUGGCAGACACUCGUCUUCCUUCUCUUCCAUGCUUUCUUCUUCUCUCUUCUCUCUCUUCUCUUCCUCAUCUACUUCGAUCAGAUUUGCUUCUUCCUCGAUUCCUUCUUCCUCUCCGGCGCCGCCAGAUUAGCCGCGGGUUUCACCGGUGCUGUAACCGCUCUCUCCGCGGUUUGUCUACUCUUCGCCGCAGCUAAUUUCGUUUACUCAGAUGUUCCGCUUCAGUACGAGAUGGCUCAACGCAUGGUUAGCUCCGUCGGUGACUGGUCUUGUGUCAAAACUGCUCUCGAUCUCGGUUGUGGCCGUGGUAUCCUCCUCAAUGCCGUCGCUACACAGCUUAAGAAAACCGGUAGCUCCGGUCGGGUCGUCGGGUUAGACCGCUCUAAACGCACCACUCUCUCCACUCUCCGCACCGCUAAACUCGAAGGUGUGCAAGAGUAUGUGACAUGCCGUGAAGGAGAUGUGAAGACGUUGCCGUUUGGCGAUAAUUACUUCGACGUGGUGGUCUCGUCGGUGUUCGUUCACACGGUGGGGAAAGAGCAUGGUCAGAAGUCGGUGGAAGCUGCGGCGGAGAGAAUGAGAGUGCUCGGAGAGAUUGUGAGAGUUGUGAAGCCAGGAGGUUUGUGUGUGGUUUGGGAUCUCUUACACGUGCCGGAGUACGUGCGUCGUCUUCAAGAGCUAAAGAUGGAAGAUAUACGAGUCUCGGAGCGAGUCACGGCGUUUAUGGCCGGAAGUCACAUCGUUUCGUUCCGGAAACCCAGUGAACUCGUCGCCGGGCCCCGUGAAGUCCGCCUCGAUUGGAGAUGAUGACGUGGUGUUCAAAACGACAGUGAUGUGUGUCGGUUCGUUAUAUAAAAAACGGCACGUAGUUGAAGAAGUCUGGAGGUUCGACACUAUAAUUGUAAUAUAUUAAUUACGAAUCUACUACUACUACACUAGAAAAUCAAAAUGUAUGUGGCGUCUGGGGAGGCGAAGCGGAACCAGAUGCUUUGAUGAAGAGGCAUAACGCUGCGUUUGCGUUUUUGUCUUGUAUUUGUAUAACCUAUAGUUUUUAUUAACAUAUUAAGCUGAAUCUUAAUAUGUGAUUCAGAGAAGAGUCUUUUUACUGUUGCGUUUUCAAACGCGGGUAAAAAACUAACGUCGUGGAGAGAAGUAGCUGAACUUUGAAACUGUGUACGAAAAAAAAAUAAAAAAUUUGGAGCUUUGUUGAGUGAAUUUCAAGAAUGUCGUCUGUGUAGUAGAUAUGGUUGGGCAUUAAAUGACUUGUCAUUGUCACUUCACGUCAAUGUGGUAUCUGUUCCCUAUAUAUUAUUAAUUUAUUAUUUUAGUAUACUUGGGCCAGAUUUGGGCCAAGCCUUAAA